AUCGUUUCUUCUCCAAUAUUCUAAUUCAACACUACAGUAUAGUACACUACUUAUUAUAGUAUGCUCUUUUAUGUAGAAAUUUUGAAGCUGUAGUUUCUAUAAUCUAAUUCCUGAAAUUCAUAGUUUGUGAACAUGUAUUCAGAUCUUCUAUACGAGACUGCACAUACCAUUUAUGAACAAUGGGCAUGGUGGUGGGAAGGCAGCAACAAAAGAGAUGAGCUUGAUAGAGCAAUUCUCGCCGUUUCAAUGGUGAUACUAGCAAUCUUCUGGUACAUAUGGACAUCUAUGAAGUCAAGAACAGGAAUGGCUCCAUUGCCACCUGGUCCUCAUGGCUUGCCAAUAGUUGGGUACCUCCCAUUUCUAGGAACCAACUUACACAUAACAUUUGCAGAAUUGGCUCGUCGCUAUGGUCCAAUCUACAAGCUCUGGCUCGGAAAAAAACUCUGCAUAGUUCUGAGCUCACCCUCCCUUGCAAAAGAGGUGGUUCGCGACCAGGACACAAGUUUUGCUAAUCGUGAUGCGACCAUUGCAGCAUUGGCUGUCUCAUAUGGUGGGCUUGACAUAGCAUGGAGCUCUUAUGGCUCCUACUGGCGCACUAUGCGCAAAGUGUUUGUGCGAGAGAUGCUGAGUAAUACCAAUCUUGAGGCUUGUUACGAUCUUCGACAAGAGGAGGUUAGGAAGACAAUUAGAGAUGUGUAUGCCAAUAUUGGCAAGCCUAUGGAUAUUGGAAAAAUAAUUUUUCUGACAGAACUAAAUGCUGUGAUGAGCAUGUUAUGGGGUGGCACAAUAGAAGGGGAGAAGAAUAGUAGUGUCGGAGAUGAGUUUCAGGAGGUAAUCGAAAAAAUCAUUGAAAUAAUUGCAAAACCAAACAUAUCUGACUUUUUCCCAAUGCUUGCAAGGUUUGAUAUACAGGGCGUGGAGCGACAAGCAAAGAAGCUCCUAGUAUGGGUAGAUCGAAUCCUAGAUGCUGUCAUAGAUGAACGGAUGAGAUUGGACGGUGGCGAGGGAUUGGGGAUGUCCAAGGAUAAAGAAAGGAAGGAUUUUCUGCAAAUCUGUUUGGAGCUGAAGGAGCAGGAAGAUACUGCAAGUCCAAUUACCUUGACACAAAUCAAGGCCAUGUUGAUGGACAUUGUGGUCGGUGGGACAGACACGACAGCAACCAUGGCUCAGUGGGUGAUGGCAGAACUCAUGCGCCAUCCGGGAGUAAUGAAAAAGGUCCAAGAAGAGUUAGCAGAAGUUGUUGGAAUGAACAUUGUUGACGAGUCCCAUAUCCCCAAAUUACAGUAUUUGGAUGCAGUUGUGAAGGAAACAUUCCGGUUACACCCUGCACUCCCUCUGUUGGUCCCAAAGUCUCCAAGUCAAUCUUGCACUGUAGGUGGUUACACCAUACCAAAGAACACUAAGGUCUUUCUUAAUGUUUGGGCAAUUCAUAGGGACCCUGAGCUUUGGGAUGAUCCAUCUGAGUUCAAGCCUGAGAGAUUCUUGAGUGAACCGGGCAAAUGGGAUUAUUAUGGCAACAAUCUUCAGUAUCUUCCAUUUGGAUCCGGAAGAAGGAUUUGCGCGGGGUUACCUCUAGCAGAGAGAAUGCUUAUGUAUAUUUUGGCCUCUCUCUUGCAUUCAUUCGAGUGGCAAAUGCCGAAGGGCGAAGAGCUCGAUCUUUCAGAGAAAUUUGGGAUUGUUAUGAAGAAAACAACUUCACUGAUUGCUAUUCCCUCCCAAAGGUUUGCUAGCCUUGACCUCUAUGCAUGAUUCAAAGUACUUCAAAAAAUAAAAAGAGGCUAGAAUGACAAUGGUGUGUCCCUUUAUGAGCUCACUUAGUGUCAAAUAAGAUACUUAAUAGAAUUAUUGCCUUGGUUUGAAAUUUAUAAAUGAAAAUAAGUGGUGAAUCAGUUUGGAUGCAACACAAGUUGAAAUAAUGUCUACUGUAGCACUUGCUCGAAUCCUUAAUAGAACAAACUAUAUUAUAUGA